AUGCUUGGUGCGCCAAUUCAUCCACUUUGGCAUCCUUGGCAUGGGGAUGGUUGUUCGCUCCUUGGGCUUGGAGAGGCCUCUUCCAUCCACAACCGGGCUUUUGGUGCUCUCUGUCCGCAGAGGAACGAAGUCCGUGUGCGCCGGCCCGCCGCCUUCUCCGUGGUGGUGGCCAUUGACUUUGGGACUACCUCCAGCGGCUACGCCUUCAGCUUCACCAGCGACCCAGAGGCCAUCCACAUGAUGAGGAAGUGGGAAGGGGGGGACCCUGGGGUGGCGCACCAGAAGACGCCCACCUGCCUGCUGCUGACCCCCGAGGGGUCCUUCCACAGCUUUGGCUACACGGCCAGGGACGCCUUCCACGACCUGGACCCCGAGGAGGCCCGAGAGUGGCUCUACUUCGAGAAGUUCAAGAUGAAGAUCCACAGCGCCAGCGACCUGACCAUGAAGACCGAACUGGAAGCCGUCAAUGGGAAAAAGGUGCAGGCGCUGGAAGUCUUUGCGCACGCCCUCCGCUUCUUCAAGCAGCAAGCCGUGCAGGAGCUGAGGGACCAGUGUCCGGCUUUGCCAGAGCGGGACGCCAUCCGGUGGGUCAUCACCGUCCCGGCCAUCUGGAAGCAGCCGGCCAAGCAGUUCAUGCGGGAGGCCGCCUAUUCGGCCGGCCUGGUUCCCCCGGAGAGCCCCGAGCAGCUGCUGAUUGCCUUGGAGCCCGAGGCGGCCUCCAUCUACUGCCGGAAGCUGCGCCUGAACCAGCUCAUGGACCUCAGCGAGGGGCCCCGGGGCCCCCACGGGCGGAGGAGCACCCACGACCUCCCCAUCGACUCCAGCUUCCGCCAGG